AUCAUCGCCAGGCCGAACGCACUGAUUCCCAGCCUUCUUGUCUUCUUGUGCUUUUUUCGCGCUUGUUUCCUUGAUCAACAGAAUCAAUCUUUACUCUUUUCUGGAAAGAGAAGGCAUUGCGAGUCGUGAUCAGCGCGACCGCAGAUUCACUGGUCGCUUGCUCUACUACUUCAUACGGAGUUUCGGCAACUGUCGCGCAUGCUCCAACAAAAGCUGUUUUGGAAGGAUCAAAGCACACAGCAGACCACCAAGAGUCAAUCGCAAGUAAGUACUCUUUUGCUUCCUUUCCCGGCAGCACAGGCAGACUUGGAACAUAUUGGAUAAGACAAAGACAAGGCCACCAGUCCAAGCGUCGCGAUGGUGCAGGCGAGCACUCUCUCUCUCGAUCUGAUCCGGAGAAAGGCUUGGCGCAGUCAUUGGGAGGCAGAUCAAUGAACGACGGUGAUUGGCUGCCACGGCUUUUCUCCCCCAAGGCCUUUAGUUGGCGUCGCUUUCUCAAUUCUCCUCCCCCCAUCAUCCAUCCCAUUGCUGCCGUCACUCUGAUCCAUCGGUCGCAAUCUUCUCUACCCUCUCUAUCUGUCCACUACCAACACCAUCACAGUCUUUGUCGCAUCCUAUCCGGCACCCUCAUUGUUGUCCUGGACAGGCUCUUCUGGUUGGUGGCCCUUCUUGUUUGGCUCAGAUCCAGCUGCGCCUUGCUGCUCUUGUCGCGUCAGGUCUUCAAGCUGCACAGCAUCUGUCGGGCUGCACUGUGACUUUGAUUGUCUUGUUCAUCCGAUUGCCAUCGUCUUGACGAGUCUCCUUACUGAUUAAUUGGUACCUCAGACUUCAAAUUCACCGUCGCGCUUUCAUUGACGCGUCCCUCAACUUCACUCACAUUAACCACCAACAUGGAUUCUGAAACCCCUGCUCAGACCGAAGUCCCCGUCAAGGUGACGCAACCUGAGGAUCAGGCUCCCCCAUCUCUAGCAGAACCAGCUUCUGGCGCUGUUGCGGAGAUGUCUGGUGCGUUGUCGGCUGAGGAUUCCAAUGAGCCGAAGCCAGCUGAAACAGCAGCACCAGCGGAACCAACCACCAAUGGUGCACCUGAAGCGGCGUCAGAGCCUCCCAACGACGUUGAGCCACCAGCCGCAGCUCCAGAGGAAGAACCAGCACCUGCAACAGCUGAUGUGGAGAUGAAAGAGGCGGAACAAACAGAAGCUCCUCAGACAGAGACAAAUGGAACGCCUGCAGAGAAGAAACCUGCUUCUAAGCGAAAGUCUUCCAUUGUGCCCAAGAAGCUCAAUAAGAAGAAGUCGAUGUCCAAAAUCACACACACGAAUGCUCAGCCAGGUGAAUACUACAUCGCUCGACUGAAGAGCUAUCCGCCUUGGCCGUCUAUCAUCUGUGAUGAGGAAAUGCUUCCAGAAAUCCUCAUCAAUACCAGACCCGUCACAACUAAGAAAGCCGAUGGCACCUACAAUGAGGCAUACGCUGAGGGCGGCAAGAAAGAGAAUGAGCGAACAUUCCCCGUGAUGUUCUUGUACACCAACGAAUUUGCGUGGAUCCAUAACACCGAUUUGACCCCCUUGAACCCGGAAGACUGCAAGGAUGUACCUGAAAAGGGCAAAUCGAAGAAUCUUCUGGCUGCAUAUCAAGUGGCUUCCGAGGGCCAUGAUAUCGACUUCUUCAAGAAUAUGUUGAAUGAACAUAAUGCUGCGUUGCAAGCCGAUAUUGAUGCAAAGGAGGCUCGCGAAGCAGAGAAGGCUGCCAAAGCCGACAAGAAGAAGCGCAAGAGCGAAGCCAAAGUCGACACAGAUGUUGAGAUGGGCGACGCCGAGGCCGCGCCCAAAAAGUCGUCCAAGAAGAGAAAGAAGGAGGCAGACAGCGACGAUGAAGCAUCUGAGAAGCCUGCAAAGACUCCCAAGAUCAAGUUAACCACCAGCAAGACUCCCAAGACGGAAGAGAAGAAGCCUAAAGAGAAAGCAAGCAAGGCGAAGUCCGAGAAGAGAAAGUCCAAGGCUGCUGUUGAGGACGAAGAGAUGGUCGACGCCGAGCCAGAGGUAGAGGAGAAGCCCUUGGAUCCAGCAGAGGCACGAAAGGCGCGCGAGAAAGAAGUAUUGUUCCUCCGUCACAGAUUGCAAAAGGGUUUCCUCUCCCGUGACCAAGCGCCGCAGGAGGAUGAAAUGCCGCAAAUGUCCAACUUCAUCAAGAAGCUUGAAGGUUACACCGAUCUAGAAGUCAGCAUCAUUCGACAGACCAAGAUCAACAAAGUCCUGAAGGCUCUGAUCAAGCUCAAUACAAUUCCCCGUGAUGAAGAGUUCAACUUCCGGAAACGAUCACUUGAGCUUCUGACCCAGUGGAACAAGAUCCUCGGUGCUGAACCGCCUGAGGCUGACGCCGGCACUGACAAAGAGGCCAAGGCAUCACCAGCAACGAAUGGAGUCCACGAUGAAAAGACCGAGGAUAGCCCGGCCAAAAAGACGGAAGAAAGCACCGAGAAACCUGAGGCUACCGAGGAAAAGUCUGCCGAAGAAAAACCCGCAGAGGAGAAGCCUGUUGAGGAAACGUCUGAGGAAAAGCCUGCUCCUGAGAACGAGCCCGAGUCCAAGCCUGCUGAAGCACCUGCAGCCCCCAGUGCCGAACCUCCAGCUUCGACCGAAGAGCCAAAGCCUGCUGAUGUCGUUGAAGAAUCCCCAAAGGUCGACGCCCCUGCCCCUGUGCCUGCGCCUGAAGUCGUGGAGAAGGUGCCAGAAUCCGCACCGGCCGCCGCCGAGGCAAGCGAAGUUGUCAAGGCCACAGAGUAAUCGUGCGAGACCGACCAGAUGAGACUUUGAACUCGUGUGGAAUUGGCGAUGAACUUUUUGACGCGAGUUGCAACUGGAAAGGAAAUGGUGGCGAAACAGCUGCGAAGCUGCUGCAUCCUGGGUGAUGCGCGCGCGGUGUUGAAAACACGAUGACCUCCCCCACGACACACAUUGUUUGCGAGUGCAGACGGGUCGACUUUUCCGGACGACAUACGGUGCUACGGGAGGGAUGCUUGCUAAUUGCUGAUUGCUGAUUUUUGGGUCCGUUCUGGAGGCAAAAUGAUUGAUGUUGUAGCUUUUCAGGGACUUUCUUCGUUGCCUGGGCUUAGCGGGAGGCAACGGCAAAAGAGAGGAUGUUUUGUACGGAGUACUCAAAUGUCCCCACUGCCAGGUUUCUCCCCGCGGGUCUUUCCAGGCUUUUUUUCUAUUGUAAAGGGUAGUGCAGACAGUAAAGUCAUACGUUUGGUUAGGGGCACAAAUAGUCCUUUAGGAGAUAAAAAAACGAAUCGAACGAAAAUUGCAAAAUCAAAACGUUGUCCUUUU